UUGUGGUUUGGCGGAUGUGGUAAAGCUGACGGAUCAAGGAUUCCUGUUGAUCCCGACCAAAACGCUCAAGCAACAUAGACGAAAAUUCAGACCACGAACACUGUUUAAGACGUUUGGCCACAGAUUGGGACCAACGCGCGGCUGCACCAUCGAGUUGAUUCAGAGCAAGGCGAACCCAAAAACUGGAAUCAACAGAGUACAUCUCAAAAUAAUCCUGACAUCUAGAGAUCCAGAGGCGGGGGUUGUCGCCAUCGAAUCGGUGGAAGUGUAAUUUGGGGAGUUUGCCGAGAAGCGGAUUGUCCCGCGAGAAACCAGAGGACACCAGGGAGGGAUGGGGGUGAGGGCUGGGGGAUGAGUGAGAGGACGCACCCUUGACCGGGAUGUGGGACUGGAUCAGCACGGAUCCGAAUCCUGCAUCCCGGGGUUGUGGAUCAACGCGGUGCCCAUUGGGGCCGUCGGCGCCGGUAGGAGCAGGUAGGCGCUCCAUCGCCGACUGCGGGGUGGGGAAGAUCGGAGGCUCCUGGACGGCGCGCUCGCGGAAGGAGCGAUCCCAGAAGCGGGUGACCUUCCCGAGCUCGAGCUUGACGUCGUCGACGGUGGCUUUGAUGCGCGGGCGCCAAUCGUCGAACACCUGCGCCGCCUCCUCCAGGCGAUCCAACCGAGCGCUCUGGGUGUGCUCGAGGUUGAGGAAUCGCUGAUCCCACUUGUCGUCGUGCUCGGAGAGGCCCUUACGGAGCUCCUCGGAGAACUGCUGUUGCAUCUCGUCGAGGACGAGCUUGACGGCGGGAUCCAUGGCACCAGCGCGCUUUUGGAGUCGGGUAAAGUGAUCGUGAGGGGGAAGGGGAUCCAGGAUAGUGAAUCUGAUACCAGGAUGUCAGCUACCGAGGAGAGGAGCGGAUCAGAGGAAGAGUUCGCGGGAGGAAGAGAGGGAAUUCGGUCGGAGGACAGGUUACUCCAUGAGAGAGUUGUUGUGUUUGUUCAUACAUGCCGGAGCUCUGCUCCUUCUUUCCUCUUAAGCAAGGAACCCGGCAACGCGACGCGCACGCAGGCGCCAGCUCACUCACACCACUACUCGGGCCGAAUCCACUCACGGCCGGAUACACGCAUGUUUGGGAGCUUGGGCCGAGAUGAGCGCCGAGGCCCAGUUGGAUCAGAGUCAGUCUCAGGAACAGUAGUAACAGUUUCGUCCCUGUUGGGUCUGUCGGUGGAUCGAUUGAGAUGUUAAUGCGAUGUAAACCGGACUCGCUGUUUAAAUUUCGUGUUGGUUGGUGGAGUACUUGCGAGUCGGAGACUCGGAGUAGCAUCAAAGAGCGGGGGGGGGGGGGGGGGGGGUUAGUACAUGUGCAAUGUGUCGGUAGUAUGUGAAUCAGAAGGUGACACUGCGAACUCUGUGUUACCUUGAGCAAGUAGCAGUCUUAACACACCAUGAUUAGCUUCGUUGAUCAAAUUGGGGUGCAGCAUGACACUCGACUUGAGCAAUUCCAUGAAAUAUUGUCCUCCAAAGCAAGGCGCUCAAUUAGGAGUCCUUCAGGGUUAUCUGAGAAGGAGGAUCGUGGGCAGCUCUUGGAAGCAAAGCUUGUGUCCGCCAAGCAGAAGAGGUUGAGCCUCUUGGCAAAGGAACAGAGCCGGUUGGCUAAGCUGGACGAGCUGCGACAGGCUGCAAAAAAUGAUGCUGAGACGAGGUUUGAGAGGGAAAGGGAAGAACUCGGAAUGAGAGUCGAAUCGCGGGUUCGGCAGGCUGAGAAGAACCGUAUGGAACUCCUGCAUGCACGUUUGCAGAGGCGGGCUGCAUUGGAGGAGAGAACCAAAAGGUUUUUCGUGCAAAGACUGACUUGGGAGAACAAGUACAGGGAGCGUGUACGUUCUGCAAUCCAGCAGAAGCGUACUGCUGCUGAGAAGAGACAGUCAGGGCUGCUGGAAUCUGAGAAAAGACGGGCACAGGUUAGGCUCUUGCAGGUCCAAGUUGCUGCCAAGACUGCCUCUAACCAGAAAGAAACUGAGAGGGGCAAGUUAAAAGAGCAAUUGGAAGACAAACUUCAGAGGGCAAAGCAGCAGAGGGCUGAUUAUCUGAAGCAGCGAGGAAGUCCUCAUGGAUCUAUGCGCAGCAGUUCGGUUAAAAACGGAGAAUUUCUUUCAAGAAAACUGGCAAGAUGCUGGAGAAGAUUCAUAACUUCUAGGAAAACAACAGUGGUGUUGGCUAGGGCAUUCGAUUCGCUGGGAAUAAAUCAGCAAUCAGUUGUUUCUAUGCCAUUUGAAGAAUUAGCUAUAUGCAUUGAAUCCCCCACAGUUCUCCAGACCACCAAGGCGUUGCUUGACCGGUUGGAGAGUCGUUUUCUUCUCUCUCAGUCAUCAAAUUCAUCAAUACCAGAAAAUAUUGACCAUCUUCUAAAGCACCUGGGAUCACCAAAGAGAAGGAUCCACCCAAGAAAUAAAUCAGCACCUAAAAGGGUUGGAAAUCAUGACUCUGGCAAGCUGUCUAGAUAUGCACAAAGGAUUGCACUUUGUGCAUACAUGAUACUAGGUCAUCCAAAAUCUGUUCUUAGUGGACAGGGUGAGCGAGAGAAAUUGCUUGUGGAGUCAGCAACAAACUUUGUGAAGGAAUUUGAAUUGCUGGUUAAAACAAUACUUCAUGCCUUAGAUGGUGCUUGCAUAUUGAGUCAGUCAGUGCUAGAUGUUGCCUCUCCUGGAUGUUCUAGUUACGAGGAGUCCUCGUCCAUUGUUGCUGAUCGGAAGAAAUUCAGAACUCAGUUGGUUGCCUUUGAUAAAGCUUGGUGUGCUUAUCUUUACCAUUUUGUGGCAUGGAAAGCAAAAGAUGCGAAAUCACUAGAGGAAGAUCUUAUUCAAGUCGCAUGCAGGCUUGAACUGUCAAUGAUCCAAACAUGCAAAAUAACUAAUGAAGCCCAAUCAGAUAACCUAGGCGGUGAUUUUAAAGCCAUUCAGAAACAGGUUGCAGAAGACCAGAAACUUUUAAGGGAGAGGAUUCAACACUUGGGUGGUGAAGCUGGUAUUGGAAGGAUGGAAUCUGCUUUAUCUGAAACAAGGUCAAAAUUCUUUCAAGCAAAGAAGGAUAGGAGCUCCAUUGCAGCUACAGCUGCAAAUAUAGCAUCUCCUUCAGUUGUGUGUUCUUCUGGACAGUCUACUGUUUCUGAAAUUAAGAAGAAUUCUAAUAUUGAUGCUGAAAAGACAAGUCAAGUAGUCAAAUCUCUGUUUGGAUCUUCCGGUUCCUCAUCUGAAAGUAGCAAAGGAGGCAAACACAUGAGUAGCAGACUGAGCAGUGCAGUUCCAGAAAAAAUGCCAACUGAAAAUGAACAAAUAGUCAAUGAGAUACUCCAUGACAUCCAUGGCUCUUUUGCUGAUAUCUCUGAUGGUAUUGGUACUGUCGAAGGUGAUUUCAAGGUAAAAGUCAAGGAAACAAUGGAGAAAGCUUUUUGGGACGUGGUUGCGGAUUCAAUGCGAGGAGACACACCAGAUUACAGUUAUCUGGUCAGCCUGGUAAAGGAAGUCAGGGAAGCAUUGCAAGAGUUAGCUCCAACAGGGUGGAAAGAAGAAAUAAAUGACAAUAUUAACCUUGAAAUUUUGACCCAGGUACUUGAGUCAGGCUCCCAGGACAGACAUUACCUAGGACAAAUUUUGCAGUACUCUCUGGAUAAGCUGCGAAAACUAUCUUCUCCUUCAAAGGAAGACGAGAUGAAGAAGAUUCAUGAUAAAUUGUUGGCAGAGCUGAUUGAAGUCCCUGAAUCAGAUUGUAGAGGUCCAAAUUCAUUUGUUCUUUCUGUCAUCAAGGGUUUGCGCUUCACUAUGGAAGAAUUAAAGGCUCUAAAGGCAGAAGUCAGUAGAGCACGCCUCCAACUAUUGGAACCAAUCAUUAAGGGAUCAGGUGGAGUAGAGUACCUGCAGAAGUCUUUUGCUGUUCGCUAUGGUUCCCCUUCUGCUGCGUUAGCUUCUCUCCCUUCAACUGCCUGUUGGAUUUCUUCCAUGAAAGAUAUUGUGGAAGAACAGUGGAAUGAACAUGCCAGUUCGCCAUCGAUUCUACCAGCAGCAGACCAUGUCCAGCCGCUUGUUGCCAUUCUCCGAAGUGGGCUUGCAGUUCCAGGUCAGCUACGAUCUGCGGUACCUACAGCAGACAGUAAAGCUCUACCAGAAUGCGGGGGAGAAAGACUUGGCAGGUUGAUAAGGAUCGGGUUAUUGCAACUCAUCAGCAGCACGGAGGGUGUGCAAAGCCAGUCUGUUCCUGAGACAUUUAUGCUCAAUUGGAUGAGGUUGCGGUCUGUUCAGAGUAAAUUCCAACAAGUCAUUGUGAUAGCGACAAGCAUCCUUGUCUUGCAUCAGGUCUUAGUGAGUGAAAACCCGAAGAUAACUUCUUCAGAAAUGGGAAAUGCAACCUUGGAACUGUUCAACAUGCUCACUAAGCUACUAGACACCUUUGCAGAUGUUGGCACUGAAAAGAUCAUUGAGGCGAUGAUGCGUUCAUCAGCCUCAAUGAACUCUUCAUCAAACGAAAUGAUGGAGACCAGGAAGCAGAUUUUGGCUAGGGUCUUCCUUAAAAGCCUUCAGACUGAUGACACUGUCUUCAAGAAGGUCUCUCGGUCUGUGUACUGUGCGUUCCGGGCAAUCACCCUGGGUGGCAGUGGGGAGAAAGGCCGGAAGCUCGCUGAUGCAUCCCUGAGGCGCAUCGGGGCAACAAAACUCACUGAGCGAGUGGCGAAUGCAGCUGAAGUGCUAAUCAGAGCAGCAAUGGUGUCAGAACAGGUGCACGGACCGUGGUAUAAGCAGUUGUUUGUGAAUGGUUCAAGUACUGAGUGUUGAUAGUUGAUAGCUUGUCGAGGUUGCGGAAAGCCGGAAACAGCAUUUUACAGUGAUCUGCGAGUGUUUGGGAGUCAAGAUCAAGAUUUCAAUCUCCCUAUGGCAGCGUGAGUAAUCAAUCUCUCUGAUGCCGAUCAGAACGCCGGAUAAGUUCAUCCUUGGGGAAGCAUGUAAUUGGGCGAUGCUUGUGUGAGGAUGGUAUUGCUCAUCGUGGUACAUUUACAGCCGAACAACUUGCUUGGUUUGUGCGAGUGUCUGAGGUUUAAUACUAGCGUAUAGGCAUGCUGAAUGCAUUGUAUAUAUACACGAAACUUAAUAAAAUUCGGAAAUGCUCUCGAGUACCAUGUA